AUGAACGAUGCGAAGCUCAACCAAAAAGAUUACAACAAUAAUGAUGGCGAAGACACUAAUAGGAUCUCCCGGCCGGAAGGCCCAGUCCUGCUACUGGGAAUUUCACAGAUGAUGGACAUGGCAGAGCUUUUAAAUGCACUACCGCCUCGCGAAACUGCAGAUAUGCUCGUCGAUCGCUGUCUGAACUCCAGGGAACCAUCGCUAAUCAUCAUUCACGCUCCGACGUUCAAAGGCGAAGUACAUGCCAUCAAUAACUGA